AUGGCAGGUACGACUGAAGAAUUCCCGCCAGUGGAGGGCGGUGGCUCCCUUAUUCUCGCGUGGCAGAUCCGCAAUAAGAAAGUACUCAUCAUUGGCGGCGGCGAGGUAGCCGCCGGGCGGAUCUUAAAAGGCCUCAACGCCGAUGCCGCCGUGACCGUCAUCUGUCCCGCCUCGGGUAUGAAUCCCGAAGUCGCCCAUCGCGUCGCGGAGCAGCAAAUCACGCACAUUGACCGCAACUUCGAGACGACGGAUCUGGAUGACCCGGAGAUCGCUCUGGUCAUGACGGCCAUCGAUGACCCGGUCGCAUCUUCCCAGAUCUGGAAGCUGUGCAAACAGAAGCGCAUCAAUGCCAAUAUUGCCGAUGUGCCCCCCGAAUGUGACUUUUACUUUGGAAGUGAGCACCGAGAUGGACCGCUGCAGAUCAUGGUGUCGACCAAUGGGAACGGGCCGAAGAUGGCGAAUAUUGUGAGGAGGAGAAUCGCUGCGACUUUGCCGGAGAAUAUUGGACAGGCGAUUGUUAAGGUCGGCGAGUUGCGGAAAAAGCUGCGGAAGGUGGCGCCGAAUAUUGAGGAGGGGCCGAAGAGGAUGAUGUGGAUGAGUAAGGUGUGUUUGGCUUGGAGCUUGGAGGAUUUCUGUGAUAUGUCGGAAGAGGACAUGGAGGGACUUCUACGGAGCUAUGCGCCCGACAAGGUUCCUAGCCUGAAUGAAGUCCGUGGGCCUUGGGAGUUUGACGGUAGCUUUGGCUGGAGUUGCGUGUGUUAA